UUUCACUAAUGGAGAUGAAACCUCCUAUUUCCCGAGCAAAAAUGAUUCUCAUCACAAAAGCUGCCAUUAAAGCUAUUAAGCUCUACAAGCAUGUUGUCCAGAUUGUAGAGAAGUUUAUCAAAAAGUGCAAACCGGAAUAUAAAGUCCCUGGAUUGUAUGUUAUUGAUUCUAUUGUUCGUCAGUCUCGUCACCAGUUUGGAACGGACAAAGAUGUUUUUGGGCCAAGAUUCUCUAAAAAUAUUACUGCCACAUUCCAGUAUUUGUAUCUCUGUCCAUCUGAAGACAAGAGUAAAAUAGUCCGUGUCCUGAACCUUUGGCAGAAAAAUGGAGUAUUUAAAAUUGAAAUAAUUCAGCCUCUUCUGGAUAUGGCAGCAGGAACUAGUGCCACUGCACCAAUGACAGAAAAUGCUACUAAUAAUGAAGGUUCGCCACCCCCUCCAGCAAAGGUUCCUUCGGAGCCUGCUCAAGUUACUGCUAACUCAGUACCUACUGUGCCACAGUUGCCCAGUUCUGAUGCCUUUGCAGCUGUAGCUCAGCUGUUUCAAACAACGCAAGGACAACAGCUUCAGCAAAUUCUUCAGACUUUUCAACAGCCUCAAAAACCCCAGUCACCGGUCAUAGAUAACACUGUGAUGGCUCAGGUUCAAGCUAUUACUGCUCAGUUAAAAACUACAGCAGCACAAGCGCCAGAACAAAAAGCUAAUUUCCCACCCCCUGAGCAAAAAACGUCAUUUGACAAAAAGCUGCUAGAUCGGUUUGACUAUGAUGAUGAACCAGAAGCAGUGGAAGAUUCAAAGAAAGAAGAAUCAGCACCUUCUCCUUCAGUUUCUCAGCCAGCUUUGACUUCUCUCUCAUUCAGUGCACAGGCUGGAUGGUGCUCAAUACCUGGUGGAUUUCCAGCAGAAGGUAUACAACAGCCGGUAUUUCCUCAGCUCCCAAAUAUGGAUCCUUUUCAGCAGCGAAUGAUGGGAAUACAACAGGAUCCAAUGCGUCACCAGGUUCCUCUUCCUCCUAAUGGCCAAAUGCCAGGUUUUGGUCUCUUGCCUACCCCACAGUUUCCACCCAUGGCUCAGCCUGUGAUUCCACCAACAGCACCUGUGCAGCAAACUUUUCAGUCUCCUUUUCCAGUACAAAGUGAAUCACACAUACAGAAACCACAUCAGCAGGAUAUGGAAGUGGAACAGCCACCUAUUCAAGAGGGAAAACGGCAUGUUUCUGACAACAGAAAGUCAAGAUCUAGGUCUGCAUCGAGGUCACCUAAAAGAAGACGUUCAAGAUCUGGCUCCCGAUCUCGACGGUCACGUCACCGUCGAUCUCGAUCUCGGUCCAGGGAUAGACGCCGACACUCUCCUAAGUCUCGGUCACAAGAAAGACGUGAACGUGAGAGGGAGAGAGAACGCAGGUCAAAAGGCCUUCCUCAGAUCAAGUCAGAAACUGUUAGUG